AUGGUGUUUCGUUUAAUGUGGCAUUCUAUAUAACAUUUAGCCUAAUGUGGAACUGUUCAGUGCAAAAAAAUUAGUUUUAAAAGUAAGAACAAUUUCGUCAAUCAAUUAUUAUACAUCCCAGUUGAAGAAAAAUGCAAAUUCUCGUCGCAAUUUCAAUUUGCUUUGUGGUAACAAGAGCGGGCGCAGCACCACCAACAACACCAGAAACUACUACUUCUCAUGGUCCCCCAGAUCCUUCUAACGCUGCAUCGAUGGCUAGGUAUAUUAUUCAUAAUUCAGAUUGGGCUUCUAUAGCCACAAUAUCUACAUUAAGCAGAACUAAUCACUACCCAUUUGUUAAUUUGAAAUCACUGUCUGAUGGCCCACCAUCGAAUGGGACAGGCGUACCAUACUUGUACAUGACGCAACUUGAUUUGACCGGCAAGGAUGUACAAAAAAACAACCGAGUUACAAUCAUGGUAACACUUGCGCAAUCUGAUUAUUGUAAACAACAAUCAUAUGAUCCUCAAGAUCCUCGCUGUGCCAGAACUAUUUUAACAGGAAGAUUAUUGAAGAUUCCCCAGGAUGCUCCCGACUAUCAAUUUGCUAGAAAUUCAUUGUUUUCUAGACAUCCAGAAAUGGAGACGUGGCCAAAGGAUCAUCACUUCUAUAUAGCCAAAAUAAAUGUUGAACAAGUUUUGGUUUUGGAUCAAUUUGGAGGAGUGAAAAAUGUGGCAAUCGAAGAUUACUUCAACCCCCCCACAGAGUUUUCUGAUGGUGUGACAGAAAUACCGAAAGAUACUGACAAAAGCGAAAUAUUUGUUUUUAACAUUUUAAAAUAACAUUCAGCAAUGUAUUUUAUUGUUGCUUUCAUUUUUGUAUUAUUCAAAGGGUUUUAAUGAAAUUAAAAACU